ACAAUGAGGAACCAACAGGUCUCAGACCAAUAACAUCGUCUGUGAUCUCUCCCUGCUGCUACAGUAUCACUCUGACUUUUACAGCGAGAAGCAUGAUGAUGGAUUUAAAAUGGAUUAAAGUGUCUUUAUUUCUGUCGGUACUUCUGUUUACAGCAGUAAAUGGACAAACUUCCUCCAUCACUGUCAGAGCUGGAGACGAAGCCACUUUGUCCUGUGGACAUGUGAUAAAAGAUCAGGAUCAAUGUAACGGAACUACCUGGAUCUUCAGUGGUUCAGGAAGCAGAGCAGCAGUAACUCUGUUUGAACAUGGGCAGAUUCAUAAUAAUACAGCAUCUAAAUCAGACAGACUGAGUGUCACAGAGAACUGUUCUCUGGUUAUAAAGAAGGUCACAGUUGAGGAUGCUGGUCGUUACACCUGCAGACAGUUUAACAGAUCAGGACGACAACAAGCUCCAGAUGCUCAGGUUGAACUGUCUGUUGUUACCAUGACUGAACAGAAGAACAGAGAUCAUGUGACAUUAAACUGCUCUGUGAGGACAUAUGACCACUGUAGACACACAGUGAAGUGGCUGUUUAAGGAUAAAGAUGUGAAUAAAGACGAGAAAGACUUGAAGACAUCACAGUCUGACUGCUCAGCCAAAGUGACCAUCACGACCUCUCAUUUUAUGUCCAUAUCAAAUAAUUAUGCGUUAUUCAAGUGUAAUGUGACUGAUAAGUACACUGGAAACAUGCAGCUGUUUACCUUCAGCCUUCAGUCGUCUGAUGAUAAAACAGAUUUUCCAGAAUGGGCGACGUUCAUCAUUGUGGCUGUUGGUUUACUAACACUCUUAAUGAUUUUUGUGGUAUUCAUCAAAUGGAAGAGAAAUAAAGCAAACAAAACACAGAUGGAUGACAAGAUUGGGUGGAGCUUAGACUCUGCAGUGCCUCCUUCUGCCCCAGAAACCAUUCAGGACACGGCUGAUCCUGAAGAUGGUCUCUCCUACGUCUCCGUCAGCUACACCAAGACAUCCAACAGUAAAGCCCAGGGUAAAGAUGGUGAAAAUGAUACUGUCACUUACACCACGGUCAAAGUUCACUCCUCUUCUGCUGGAGCCUCCACUGAUCCCUGCGACCUCUAUGCUACCAUCAUUGACCCAAGCAUAUAAGAGUCAGUAUAGUCAUAGCUCAUAUUAUAGAUGAGACAUUUAUAAUUUACCAUUUACCAUAUUUGACACUGAUGAAUGUCAAAUAUAUGUAAAUAAAUGUUACCUGUAUCUCUGUGGGGAAUUUAUCUAUGCAGAGAAUUUGAUAUUUUAUCCUAAUAAUAAUAAGUUAUUUACAAUAUGCAAUAUUGAUUUUGUUUGAUGCAUGAAGGAAAAGAUGAAAAACAUAUUUAAGAUGUAUUUUUUUUCUUUUGCACCAUUUGUUUUAUCAACAUUUUAAGGAUUGUUGCAAAAAGCUUUUUGUCCAGAAGGUGGGGUAGUAGAUUAGCUAGAAGCAUGUGGUAAAAUAUAGUAUAGAAGUAAUGACCCCUCCACUCGCCAUGUGUAAAACAAAUAAAA